CAAAUUCAGAAUGGCAUAGCAGAUGUCGAAGAUCACCAGGAGAACGGAUUUUGGCCCGCACGGCUUCCGAUGGCUGACGUUGAAAAGGAUAGAGUAUGAGGACCCACACGGCAGGCUGCGCUUCUGGGAGUCAGCCGAGCGCCUGUCAAGGCAUGGCGACGUCGAUGGCGUCGCCAUCAUCACGCUGGUCCGCUCCAAGGAGGAGCCCCUCAAGGUCAUCCUGGAGGCGCAGUUCCGCCCAUCUCAGGGCAACACAGUCAUCGAGCUUCCGGCGGGGCUGAUAGAUACAGGGGAGUCUGCAGCAGAAGCGGCAGUCAGGGAGCUCAAAGAGGAGACAGGCAUGUACUCCUCUCUUCUGCAAAAUAGAUCUGUAGUCCUGCGAGCUCCCAAGCCAUGCAUCCUGGAUGACCCCGCGGACUGGUACACUGGGCGUGUCACGGAGGUGUCACCCAUCUGCUUCAGCGAUCCAGGCAUGAGCAAUGCCAACAUGCAGUUUGCCGUUGUGGAUGUGGACGCAGAUGCUUCCGAGAAUGCUGACAUCAACCCUGAGCUGGAGGAGGGUGAGUUCAUUGAUGUGUUCCUGCUCCCCUACGACGGCCUCUACGAUGCACUGCUGGCAAAGCAGAAGGAGACGGGGUGGGACGUGGACGCGCGGCUGCUGAUGUAUGCUGACGCCAUCAAGCGCACAGCGCAGCGCGCAUUUGCGCCGGAGGGAACGCCGGAAGACAUCGCCACCGCUGACUCAGUGGCGGCCACGUCAGCGCACUCGGACGAGCCCCUGGCUUCUGGCCUGCCCAAGCUCCACAUCAAGACCAGGGCGGAUGCACACACCAAUGGUAGCAGUGCAGCCAAAUCAGACUCGGGGGCCAGCGCUGAGUCAGCUGCCAGGAGCAGCGCAGAAGCUGCCGACAAGGCGGCGCACAGCUUCCAGGAGGGCUUCAUCCCCCAGGACCCCUCCCCGGCCGUCCUCAAGACGGAGUUCCCUCACGAGCUGGAGCAUGUCACAGAACACCCGCCCCUAAAGACGAUAUACAACAACCCUGAUGGGGAAAUUCUGCUGGAGAACGAGGCGGCGCCUGGCCGCAGCAGCGAAGACAACAUCAGGCAGCCCUCACAGGCCAGGCCAGAAUCACAGGCACGGGAGGGGGCGUUUGAAUUGGAGCGCCGGCCCUCCAUUGACUUAGCAGCCGGCCUGAACAGGAGCCCUCGGCGGGCGCCAGGCGCUGAUGUGGAUGAUGACGUGGACAUCCGGCCGGGGCUGUUCCCUCACUUCCGCUCGGCCGCCGCCCCCGCCGCAGCCUCCGCCGCCGCUCCCGCCGCAGCAGAAGUGCCCAACGGCCAUGCAAGCGAGGAGAUCUUUGCAUCACCCUUCAAGCGCCAGGGCAGCCUGUUUUCCAUGGAGCCUGUCUCCAGCGGCGAUCUUGCCACCAGCUCUGCUGAUGGAAGCACCAAAAAUGGCAACGGCAGCAAUGUCGUGUACUGCCCGGUGGGCAUCACCCCUGGGAAAAACCCUGACUCAGGGGUGAGCGAGUCGAAAGAGGCAGCCACCGCGAAGCCAGCUGACGUGGCUGCCAGCACGGACGGGGAUGUGGAAAUGCAGUGUGAGUUGCAAGGGGCAAAGGACGGCCGGGAUUUGAAUUUGAGUGCAAAUUCGAAUGCGGUCAGUUUUGGUCUUGGGGUUGUGUUGGGGGGCCUUGUUGGGGCAUUGCUUGCCUACUCUGGCGGCCUGCGCAGAACCUGAUUUUGCAGUGCUACCUCCACUGAACAGUAUUCAGCUCUGCAGCCGCUUAACUUGCAAGGUGCUCCAUGCAUGGAUAAAAGUGCAGGAAGCAAAAAUAGGACAAAAUGUAGACAGACAGUAUCAUGGACUUUGCCCUGACUUUGUUGAGGGACUGCUUGACAGCCUAGACAGGACCUCAGACCGCCAAUUCAGGGAGCAAGUCGCCACAAUAGAAUAUGAGCCUGUUGAAGGAUUGACAUGCGCCUUCUAGUAGUGAAGACUGCUUGCUCUUUUACAAGGGCGUUGUUGUCCACUUAAAGCCACGCUCAGCAAGGUGCAGGCACAUUAUGUAUAGGGCUGCUUUGGCUUUUUGAGCACCACCCACCAGAUGUAACUUGAACAGCAU